AGUACCACUAGGCAAUAGUGAGUGCAUCAUUGCAUAGGAAACGUGGAAGUGCGCAGGAGCUGUGCAGGGUAAUCGAAGGAAAAGAAGGGUCUAAGGAGACAAAAGAGGACCUGAUGGACCUGUAAUUGUCGACCAUGAGAAUACAAUCGAAAUUUCGUUAGAAGAGGAUAAAAGGUGCUAGGAAGAGUCUGGCAAUUUAGGGUCGAUGCGCGCAGCCAAAAAUGACGACAGUGGGACAGUGAUUUUUCUCCCCCAGUCCAUCUUUUACAGUCAUAUGCCUGGACGCAGUUCGUAUCCUUUUUAUACAGAUCACAAAGAAGGAAGGACUGGAAGACGAAUCCUCUCCAACACCAUCAACUCGGUCGGAAGUGCGCACAGAUCUGUUUCAUCGAGGAAUCCGUUUCCAGCUAAUAAUUACGCAGAGAUAUUGGUGUUAUAUGGGGCCCUGAAGCGUCUUGAACUUUCGAAUGAAAACUUACUAUUUGUGGACAGUUUUAAAACAAAUCUGCACAGCUCCGACCUGCCUGGGCGAUGAGUAAUCCACGACGCACCAAAUGAUAAAACUGUAAAACCUGGACUGCGACUGGCGCGUUUGGAUACCUUAUCCUGUGCGUCGCCUAUUUUUUCAUAUGGCUCUUCUCCUCGGGGUUUGUAAAUUACUCGUCAGUUGUUGAUAUUUCAUGGCUAUAGAGUGUAGCAACAGUAGUGUGUGGAGAAAGAGGACGGUGCAUGACUAGUUAAGGCGAAGACAGCGCACUUUUCUCGUCUUAUUUCCAAUUGGGAGGCAUUGCGCACGGGCAUUAAGGACUGCAGCAACUACAGCCGAGACUUUCCCAUUGAAUCCUGUAUUAUUUCUUUCGCUGCUGUCAUCGUAGUAUGUCUGCACUUCGAAAGAAAUUUGGGGACGAUUAUCAGGUAGUGACCACCUCAUCUAGCGGGUCUGGAUUCAAUCAGCCUCCCCCAGAGAAAAAGAAGAAGAGGCAACGCUUCGUGGACAAGAACGGGCGAUGUAACGUCCAGCAUGGAAACCUGGGUGGUGAAACCAGCAGAUACCUCUCAGACUUAUUCACAACACUAGUAGAUUUGAAAUGGCGCUGGAAUCUAUUCAUUUUCAUCUUAACCUACACAGUCGCAUGGCUUUUCAUGGCUUCUAUGUGGUGGGUCAUUGCAUACAUCAGAGGAGACCUCAACAGAGCCCACGAUGACAAAUACACUCCAUGUGUGGCCAAUGUCUAUAACUUUCCCUCAGCGUUUUUAUUCUUCAUUGAGACUGAGGCCACUAUAGGAUAUGGCUAUAGAUACAUCACAGACAAAUGUCCCGAGGGAAUCAUUCUCUUUCUUUUCCAGUCAAUCCUCGGAUCGAUCGUCGAUGCCUUUUUGAUCGGCUGCAUGUUCAUCAAGAUGUCUCAGCCCAAAAAACGGGCCGAGACUUUAAUGUUCAGUGAACAUGCGGCUAUUUCUAUGCGAGAUGGAAAACUAACUCUGAUGUUCAGGGUUGGCAACCUGCGUAAUAGCCAUAUGGUCUCCGCACAGAUCCGCUGCAAAUUGCUCAAAUCUCGCCAGACGCCUGAAGGCGAGUUUCUUCCGCUGGAUCAGUUGGAGUUGGACGUGGGUUUCAGUACCGGGGCAGACCAGCUCUUUCUCGUCUCACCACUCACGAUCUGCCAUGUGAUUGACACCAAAAGCCCCUUCUACGAACUCUCCCAGAGAUCCAUGCAAACAGAGCAGUUUGAAAUUGUGGUGAUACUAGAAGGAAUAGUAGAGACCACAGGGAUGACUUGCCAAGCGCGGACAUCUUACACUGAGGACGAGGUUCUGUGGGGACAUCGCUUCUUCCCAGUUAUCUCCUUAGAGGAAGGCUUCUUCAAGGUGGACUACUCUCAGUUCCACGCCACAUUUGAGGUGCCCACUCCACCGUACAGCGUGAAGGAACAGGAGGAGGCUCUGCUGCUCUCCUCGCCCCUCAUGGCUCCCUCCCUGUGCAACAGCGGGGAGAAAAACAACUCCCUGGACUGCCUGGAGACGCUGGAGGACAAUGAGAGCACCACCAAGCUGCCCACCAAGCUCCAGAAGAUGACAGGUCGCGACGGCCUGCCCAAGAAGCUCCUGCGGAUGAGCUCCACCACCUCGGAGAUGACGUACAGCCUGGGAGACCUGCCCAUGAAGCUGCAGCGCAUCAGCUCCGUCCCCGGUGUCUCAGAUGACAAGCAGGGCGGCAAGGCCUCUAAGAUCAGCACGGAGCCCAUGAGUAAGUCAGUGGCGGACUUGCCUCCCAAGCUGCAGCGACUGGCUGGGGGAGGAGGGGGCAGGAUGGACGGACACCUGCCUCCCAAACUCAGAAAGAUGAAUUCUGAUCGCUUCACGUAAAACAGGCGACAUAUUUUAACUUAUUACAUCGUUCCCUUCCCCCUCCCUCCCUGAACCCCUUGUACUAUUCCUAAUUUAUUAAUAGACAAUAUUCUUAUAUUAAAAGAAAUGUAGUAUAUGAAUAUGUGCACAUAUACCUUAUAUAAAGUAGGGUAAUGGAAUACAGCACAUUUGUUCCUGGAUGUAAGUAUACAUGCUAUGAUGACAGACCUCUGAUUUUUUUCAGGAUGAUGUACGAUUAGCACAAUCUGGCAUGUAAGAAACACUUAGCGCAUGUAGAACAGAAUCUCAAUAAUUUCUGGCAUGACAUUUAUUGAUAUAUUAUUUUACAAAAACAAUUUCAUUAGUGAAUUUACUGACAGUGAACAGUUGCACAAAGCCAUAUGGUUUACAACGUGGAAAACCUACAUUACACGGUUCUAAUUUGUGGUGACGAAGGGCACAUACAUUUGUUUUGAGUUGACUGCUUUUGUUGUUUAAUGUAAAAUUGUGGCAAUGUUAUGUUGAUUGCAUGCUACUCUUAUUGACUUAGCUAUACAAAGGUAAUAGACAAAGAUGUUUAGCCUUAACUAUAUUACCUUGUUUCCAUUUCCAUGUUUGUUCACAACUGUAUUUUUGGUAUUUCAUAUAUAAGAUAUUUUACCAUGUGCAAUUUUAUGAAUUUAUCAGUUGAUCAAAACAUAUGUUGCUGGAUGAUGCAUUUUGCUUUUUAAAAAUGCAUUAUCUACAUCAUAUGACCUAUUGGAACAAGGCAAAAUAUCACUCACUUAUUAAAGUAACACUUAAGUUGAAAAGGUCAGUACUUGGACCUUAUAAGCACAAAACAAUCAUUUAAUACCCUGUGUUAACUAGUAAGCAUUUAUGGGCAUUUUGUCAUAAAUGUACUGCUCAGAGCAGCUGCUCAGUACUGUGCAAUCUCUUUCUUUCAUUAUUUAAAAAAAUUGCCUUGAUCCAGGCCUACAUGGUCAUACUAUACACGAUAUUUAAAAUUUCAACUUAAGUGUUACUGGUUACUCAUAGAUUUAGAGGUGGGCCUGUAACAUUAAGGAAGUCACCACCUUUGUCUUAAGAGCCCAUAUUCUCUCUCCUCUGUGAUGAAAGCAAUAAUGUUAUUAUGACUAUAAUCUUUAUAUAGCCACAGGGUCUACCACAGCCCCAUUCUCAUUCUGUUUAAUGAAUCCAUGCCAUGAAAUCUGGUUCCACUAAACGCAUCAAAGACAUUGUAUGAUACCCAGCCUCUUCAGGAAUAAAGAUCUGACAUAAAUAUUUAA